AUGCAGAAGGGCAUGAGGCUCAACGAUGGCCAUGUCACCUAUCUGGCGCUGUUGGCCAGGAAAGACGGCACCAGGCGCGGGUGCCUAAGCAAAAAGAGCUCGGACAACACCAAAUGGCACCCCAAGUGGUUCUGCCUGCUGCAGAACAUGCUCUUCUACUUCGAGAACGACUCCAGCUCGCGCCCCUCCGGACUCUACCUGCUGGAGGGAUGCGUGUGCGACAGGGCGCCCUCACCCAAGCCGCCCCCCUCCGCUAAGGAAUGUCUGCAGAGACUUUAUUAUUUUACAAUCACAUUCAAUCAUGACAACCAGAAGGCUUUGGAGCUGCGCACAGAAGACGUCAAGGACUGUGACGAGUGGGUCGCCGCCAUCACGCAGGCUAGUUACAGGAACCUAGCUACAGAGCAUGAGAGCCUCAUGCAGAAGUAUCUGCACCUUCUACAAAUAGUGGAGACGGAGAAAACGGUUGCCAAGCAACUUCGACAACAGAUAGAGGAUGGGGAAAUCGAGAUAGAGCGGCUAAAAUCUGAGAUUGCUUCUCUGCUGAAGGACAACGAGAAGAUCCAGUCCAAUCCGGAGGUACCGCCAAGUGAUGACGACACUGAGAUCCAGAAGAUAAAAAAGGUCCAGAGUUUCCUGCGAGGUUGGAUUUGCCGCAGGAAGUGGAAAACCAUCAUCCAGGACUACAUUCGCUCACCCCACGCGGAGAGCAUGAGGAAGAGGAACCAGGUUGUGUUUAGCAUGCUGGAGGCUGAGGCCGAAUACGUCCAGCAACUGCAUAUCCUGGUCAACAACUUCCUGCGGCCGCUACGCAUGGCUGCGAGCUCCAAGAAGCCGCCCAUCACCCAUGAUGACGUCAGCAGCAUCUUCCUCAACAGCGAGACCAUCAUGUUCCUCCAUCAGAUCUUCUACCAAGGUCUGAAGGCAAGGAUAGCUAGCUGGCCUACACUGGUGCUGGCGGACCUCUUUGACAUUUUGCUGCCCAUGUUAAACAUCUACCAAGAGUUUGUACGGAACCACCAGUACAGCCUGCAGAUCUUGGCCCACUGCAAGCAGAACCGGGACUUUGACAAGCUGCUGAAGCAGUACGAGACCAACCCAGACUGCGAGGAAAGAACUCUGGAGACCUUCCUAACUUACCCCAUGUUUCAGAUCCCUCGUUAUAUCCUAACCCUCCAUGAAUUGCUGGCUCACACUCCUCAUGAGCAUGUGGAGAGAAAUAGCUUGGACUAUGCCAAAUCCAAACUGGAGGAACUUUCGAGAAUAAUGCACGACGAGGUGAGCGAAACCGAGAACAUUCGAAAGAAUCUGGCAAUUGAGCGAAUGAUUGUGGAGGGCUGCGAAGUACUGCUGGACACCAGCCAGACCUUUGUCAGACAAGGUUCUCUGAUCCAAGUGCCCAUGAGCGAGAAAGGCAAAAUCACCAGGGGCCGCAUGGGCUCUUUAUCUCUGAAGAAGGAAGGCGAGAGACAGUGCUUCCUCUUUUCCAAACAUCUCAUCAUCUGCACUCGAGGCUCAGGAGGGAAACUGCACGUCACCAAGAAUGGUGUGGUAUCCCUCAUUGACUGCACACUGAUGGAGGAUCCUGAGGGCACUGAUGAUGAGUUCAAAGGAGAGCGGAAUGGCCAGGACACGGAGCACCUGGACUUUAAAGUCAUAGUGGAGCCCAAAGAUGGGCAGCCUUACACUGUCAUCCUGGUGGCCUCAUCACGACAAGAGAAGUCGGCGUGGACCAGUGACAUCAGCCAGUGCAUCGACAACAUCCGCUGCAAUGGUCUGAUGAUGAACGCUUUUGAGGAAAACAGUAAAGUCUCCGUGCCACAGAUGAUUAAGUCCGACACCAGUUUGUACUGCGACGACGUGGACAUCCGCUUCAGCAAGAUGAUGAACUCGUGCAAGGUGCUGCAGAUCCGCUACGCCAGCGUGGAGCGCUUGCUGGAGAGGCUGACCGACCUGCGCUUCCUCUCCAUCGACUUCCUCAACACCUUCCUUCACUCUUACCGCGUUUUCACCAGCGCAGACGUCAUGCUGGACAAGCUCAUUACCAUCUACAAGAAGCCUAUCAGUGCCAUCCCCGCACGUGCUUUGGAGCUCUUCUUCGCCAGCAGCCAGAGUAACAAACUUCUGUACGGCGAGUCACCCACAUCGCCACGUGGCAGUCGCAAAUUCUCAUCCCCCCCGCCGCUCACCAUCAACAAGACGUCGUCACCCAAUCGCCGCCGCAAGCUCUCGCUCAACAUUCCCAUUAUCACAGGAGGCAAAGCGCUGGACCUGGCCGCGCUCAAUUGCUCCCCAAACAGCAUGCACGCCGCCAUGUCUCCCUUCGGUAAGACCGCCCUGGACAUCAACAAGCUGUUUGUGACCAGCACCCUGGCAAGCAAGAUCUCCGACGAGGGGGAAACCAAGGCUGAGAGCAAAGCCGAUGAGCCUGCCCCCAACAAGCAAGAUCUGUCAGUGAGAGAGGAAUGUGACAAAGAACCAUGUCAGAGUGACGAGACUGAAGCGGAGAUGUCUCCUCCCAAGUCCCCGUCGACACCCAAAAACGUCAAAUCAAAAAACGAGUUUACGCUGUUCUCCUUCAACAACAGCAUGGUGGUGUCCUCUUGCCGGGAGCUGGAGAAUAACCGCAGCGCUCUUUCGGCGGCCUCGGCCUUCGCUAUCGCCACAGCUGGUGCCAACGAGGGCACGCCAACGAAGGAGAAGUACCGCCGCAUGUCCCUUGCUGCCACAGGCUUUCCUACAGACCAGAGGAACGGAGACAAAGAGUUUGUCAUCAGAAGAGCAGCUACAAACCGAGUUCUGAACGUGCUGCGUCACUGGGUUUCCAAACACGCCCAGGACUUUGAGCUGAACUCUGAGCUGAAGACAAGGGUAAUUGGCUUUCUUGAGGAGGUGAUGCAUGACCCAGAACUGCUGACACAGGAAAGGAAGGCUGCUGCUAACAUUAUUAGGACUCUAACACAGGAGGACCCCGGAGACAACCAGGUCACUAUGGAAGAAAUUAUUCAAACGGCGAUGGAGGAGUGCAAGAGUGAGCCGUUUGAGAACCACUCUGCCCUGGAGAUCGCCGAGCAGCUCACUCUGCUUGAUCACUUGGUCUUUAAGGUCAUCCCGUACGAGGAGUUCUUCGGUCAAGGCUGGAUGAAGAACGACAAGAACGAGAGAACUCCUUUCAUCAUGAAAACAACCAAGCACUUCAACGAGAUCAGCGACAGGAUUGCCACCGAAAUCCUGCAGUGGGACGACGUCAACAUGCGGGUGGCGGCCAUCGAGAAGUGGGUGGCGGCGGCGGACAUUUGUCGCUGCCUGCACAACUACAACGCCGUGCUGGAGAUCACGUCUUCGCUCAACCGCAGUGCCAUCUUCCGCCUCAAGAGGACCUGGCUCAAAGUCUCCAAGCAGACUAAGACAGUAAUUGACAAGUUACAGAAGUUGGUGUCAUCUGAGGGCCGCUUCAAAAACCUGAGGGAGGCGCUCAAGAACUGCGACCCACCUUGUGUUCCCUACCUGGGCAUGUACCUGACUGACUUGGCCUUCAUUGAGGAAGGCACACCCAACUACACUGAGGACAACCUGGUCAACUUUUCCAAGAUGAGAAUGAUAUCUCACAUCAUCAGAGAAAUAAGGCAGUUCCAGCAGACGGCCUACAAGAUCGAUUACCAACCAAAGGUGGCAAAGUACUUGGUGGACAGCAGCUCGGUGCUGGGCGAGGAACGUCUUUACGAGACGUCCUUGAGAAUCGAACCCAAAACAUCAUAGUGAAGAGGCUGGCUCAACUUUCAUAGCAAGUGUACAGGAUCGUAUUGAAAUGUACAUACGUACUAUAUGCUACUAUUUGUAUUUGAGGCAGUGCCCCUCUAGUAUGCUCUCCUCAAUCAAUGUCUAAUAUAGAGGCUAAGUAGAUGAUCAGAGGUUUUAUUCAUAUAGUUGACAGAGUAUAUGUUAUUUAUGGUCUUAUGUACUGUAUACGUUGAUUUUUAUUUUAACAGCGGGGGGGUGAUAAUUCACACAUCUUGGGUUUGGUUUACACUGCAGGUCCAAGUGGAAAAUUCCCAUUUAAUUUCUAGAGUAAAUCUUUUUUUUUUUUUACUCACUAUUUCCAAGUAAAUCCCAUGUGCCCAAAUUGUAAGUAAAUAUUUAAAAAAAAAAAAAAAAAGUAAAUACUUGGCAAUGACAAAACAGAUGUAAACAAUUAUACAUGAAUAAUACAAAUAUCCAACAUUGCAUAAAGUUUAGCUGGCCAGGGCCGGUUCUGAUUUUUCCCCUCAUUUAUUUAAAUGAGGGUGACUUUCACAUUCCUCUAUUGACCACCAUUGGGAAUUAUUUAUCUCUAAUGUAGCAUAUUUAGAUUUUAUAUAUCUAUGCAUUCUCUGUGGUUUAACUGUUUAAAACACAUUUUUGCAUGGUUCAACUAGAUGCGGUUGAACCACGCAAACUUAAACAAUUGGCGGAUAUCAAUACCAUGAAGCUCGCAUUGACCGGGUAUAUUCGUCAGUCGCCUUUAUAUCCAAGAAUGAAAGUUUUGCCUUAAAAUUACUGCUGCCUUUUUCAUGAGGUGUUUUUAAAGAGAUCAUCAAAUCAAAAAAACAGAAUUGAUAAUGCCGUAAACCUUUAUUACAUUUAGAACAGAAAAGGCUAAGUUGAUUAGAUCUAAUUUUCCCAAAUAGUUAGAUAUGACCACCACCUAAUUUUUUUAACAAACACUAACUAACCACUAAAUGAGGAAAUACAUAUCAGACAUAUUGUUUGCUUGAACCAAAUGAAAUGGCGAGAUGUUUCAUGUAGCCACUGAAUAAUACUUUUUGGGUUUUACCUGUGGAAAAACACGCUUUGGCUUUUGCUUCUUCUCCCUUGGGACGUAACGCAAUUUAUGUAGCAAGUUUACUUCCGAGUGUUUCAUGAUAGAUGAACCUCUUAGGCUAGUGUUACAUAUAGUUUCAAGCCUUAAUUAUGAAAACAGAUGAUAUAAUAUUAUAGACCACAAAUGUAUGUCAGCUAUUUUGUUAAGCUAUUUUGCCAUUGAAGCUGAUGUACAUGUUUUUCUUGUGUACAGCAUAUUGUAAUGAUGAUUCCUCUGCGUAUGAUAUUUAAGUGUACCACAUCCUGUCUAUUGCCAUGUAUUAGCAGGAUCUAUACAGCAGUAAAAUUGUGUUUAUUCUUGGGAUAUUUCUAUAUGUAUUUUUACAGGCUUUGUACAGAUGAGCGCCUGAAGCUUAAGUGGCACGCAUGUACCACUUUUUCACAUGUUGAAAAUCUCGAUCUAGCUGUAGUCGCCCUCCCAAAUUGGCACACGAGAUAUUUGCAUAUAUGCAGCGCUAUGAUGACCAAUUGUGUGGCAACAGCUUGAGUCAGUAUUUGCAUAUUUGUUUUGUUUGUUUUUUGGCAAAUGAAAAAAAAAAAAUCUUUCCUGGUUACCUCUUGUUAAUAAAUCUCUUUUUU